CCCCUCAUUCACUGGUCUGGCUCUGUAGGCUGCAGUGAUCAGAGUCCACUAUCGUAUCCCAGUGGAGACAGUAGCCAGCUCUCUCGCCAGUCAGCAGUCAGUAUGUAUCAGUGGGGUGAUGCCGGCAAGUAUAGACCCCUGUGGACGGGGAGCAUACUUGUUCUAGCAGUCAUCAUUUUGGCACCGUGUGUAGUCAGUGCUCAUGCAUCAAGUAAGAAAGUAACAGGUCAGAAAGAGCAAGUACAUAAAUGGAAAGGACCUGGAACAUCACAGAACCUGAGGAACGUCAUUGUCGGACGGUGCUUUCACUAUAUGUCUAUGCAUCCAGGCAUCGGGCAGAAGAACUGUUUUGGGAUAUGGGAAGAGCUGACAAAUGCCGUGUACAGGAAGGAUCCCUGCAAUGUCACUGAAGAAGAUUACAAGAAUUUAGUAAAUGUGACAGGAGACAUAAUACCAUGUGAUAAGACCCUUCUGUGGAGCAGGACCUAUGAUCUCGUUCACCGUUACACAAAAGCCACUGGAAACUUCAUGACUCUAGAAGACACAUUUCUGGGAUUCUUAUUCACUGGUCUCACAUGGUGUGGAAAGUCCUCUACGCCAGGGAUGAAUUUUAAGUCUUGUCCUGCAUGGAAUGAAUGUGACCAGAACUCCAUCUCUUCUUUCUGGAAGAUGGCAUCUGCUAUCUUUGCCCGAGUAUCAUGUGGAGUAGUUAAUGUGAUGCUGAAUGGCUCCACAGACGGUGCAAUUGUCAGAAAAGAAAGUAUUUUUAGAACAGUUGAAAUCCCCAAUAUGGAUCCAGCUAAAGUAUCUGAAGUGAAGCUUUGGGUGAUUGAUGACAUUGAAGGAGAGGACAGAAAUUCCUGUAAUAGCGACUCAUUUUUAGAAUUAAAACGCUACAUUGAACAACACAAGCUUAAAUAUUCCUGCAUUGAUAACUACAAACCAGUUCAAGCUCUGCAGUGUGUGAGCAGCUAUGACCGGGCGGCCUGCAAUCAAUGCAGUUACCAUUAAAUAAAAUAUUAUCUAAGAUGCAUUUUGCGCUCUCUCUUAAGGGAAAUUACAUUGAAAAUGUAAAUAAUCUGCUACGGGUUAUUGAACAACACAAUCAUUCCAUUAGCUUGCUGUGCCUUGAUUAGGUUAGGAUAUUUUAUGUUGCUAUUAAAACUGGCAUCAAGGAUGUGUCAUCACAUUAUGGGAUAAGUGCCAUUGGACCCAUUGUACCUUCAGGAAACCAGUGCUGCAUUCUACAUGGAUCUGGACUCUGCUAAGUACAUAUUGGUGCCGUAAACAUAUUUCUGCCUACACAAUGCCUAUUGUGAUCGGAACUUGGCUGUAGAUGAAGCAGUCUGUGUAUUAGAACUUGAGUCAUUCACAUUGCACACCAAUUUUACAGACAAGUGACGCACCUCUUCUAUGGAAAAAAAUAGUGUAUAUGCAAUCCAGUCUGUAUGACAUUUGGGGGUUUAUUUACUAAGCGUUGGGAUUUAAAACCUGGUGAUUCAGAUCAUGUAUAUACCUGAAAUGGAAAAGGGCAAUGCAUUUACUAGUCAUGUUUUGCGUGUACAAUUAUUGCCCUUUUAAAUUUGAGGCUUAAACACGAUUGGAAGUGCCGGGUUUUAGAACCUAAUGCUUAGUAAAUAAACCCCUUUGAUUUUCAUUACGGCAGUACCGAGUAAAUAAGAUACCUUUUGUAGAUUACCUCCAUACUACUCUAAAUUUCAAAUUUUCAUUUGUAAAUUGAAAUUGUUUGAAUAGACUGGAACAUUUACAUAUCUUUAUUCAUUUAUAGGCAUGUCUGUAUUUAGCCUUUUUACUAUGAUGACUUAUAUCAUAAAUAUUUCAUAAACUUAUGCAAAGAAAUGAUUUGUUUGGAUUGCAUGAAUGAAUAAUGAAACAAAACUCAAGGACAAAACACGGUAAUAAAGCCCUCACAUAAAUUCAUGGUAAAGUGAUACAAUCUAAGAAAAAGAUUGCAAUAGUUUACAUUUGAAUCUUUAUCUCUUGCAAUUUAAUUUUAGAUAUAUUAGACUUCCAUUGUUAUGUUGUUUGUACUUUUUUUUAUAGUCUUUAUUUCUUUGCAGGAUAACAUUUCUUGUAAUACACUGAAAAAAUGGCUUAUAUACUUAAUAGUUUGCUGUGAUUUGAAAUAAAAGUAAAAUUUGUA